AAGUCAAUUAAAUCAAAAUUGUCGUGAUUUUCAUGACAAGAUGGCCACUCUCCAAAGAAAAUGCCGUUUUCUCCGGAGCGAGGGUAGAGUUGAUCAAUCUCAUUCUUGAAAGACGUUGCUGACUGCAGUGGUCCUGUUGACUGUGGUAGAUCAGUUCAUCGUCUGCUUGAGAAAAGGAUGUCUUUUUUUUUUGUGAGUGCUUGACGGUUUACUUUCGUGGCAUUUUUUUUUUUUUUUUUAAACAGGUUAAUUCAAAAUGCAUGAUAGAUUAAUUGAGAUACACAUAAUUUGUUUGUUUACAUUUACUAUUUACAAUUUGCAGAAUGCUGUGUGAUCUGUUUAUCAGUUCGGAUUUAUUUACCAAGUUUUGUUUACAAAUAACUUAUUCACGGUAGUCAGUUUUCGUUAGGCCCUUCUUCAAGUGUCGGAUUUUUCUCGCAUUCGGAUAUCCUUGAAAAGAGAGAUGCCGAAGGUCGUAGUACUUGCGGUUGUAUAAUAAAACGAUCAUGAAUAUUUAGCGAAGGAUGAAACGAUCCCCUUCGUCUGCCGGCGAGGAUCAGCAGAAUUCUGAAGUUCAACCAAAGGAAAGUGACGUCCGUUGUUGUCAGCUAUCAACCUUUUCCCACCUGUAUCCGUCAAAGCGGAAAUUUGGAAAAACACCGAGCGUUCAACCCGGUCGAAAGGAGCAAUUUAGCCGUUUCACGUGCCACACCAUUUCAACAAGUGAGUUGCAGAUUCGCAUGGAACCAAAAAAUAACAGUGAGCCUGCCCCACCAUUCCUAUUCGGUUUUGGUAAGUUUGCGAAACCGGUCAGUCAUCAAAUAGAGUUGGAGGGUGGCGAGGGCGAGGCUAACGGUCGCUACCCCAUUUAGCCCCCGGUCAAGGGUUGUCAGUUCUUGGUGGCCCUUCGUAUCCUCACGACCUGGAUUUGGCCGAGUUAGGAUUACCUGGUGUUUUUCCAAAGAAAAGGCCUCCUUUCAAAGCCCACUGUUGACGAGGAUUUCGUCGCUAUUUCUGUAAGUCCGCUUUCUAUUCUCGCCCUUACGCUGCCACAUUUUCAGUUUUACUCGGCAAAUCCAUUAUCUUUUACCGAUAGUUCUUCUACAAAGAGAAAAAGUCAAGGUCAAACAUAAUUAUUAAAACCCUUGCAAUAUAUAAUUUUUUAUUACAGGUAGUGAAAAUUAUAUAAAGAAUAAGAGAUUUUUGAAUUGACCACACUCUCAUUUAUCCAUAGGAUGACUUCAUAUUACAUUGAGAUACAAUUUAGGUACAAUUAGUUAAAAAAUAUUUUCCUUUAAAUCUAAUUUGUAUAAAAUAAAUUUGAAUUCUCGUGAUGUGCAAGGUGAUAAGCCUGUAGUCAUAGUGUUAUAAAAAUUUAAUUACGAUCACCAUUGAUUAUGUUUUAAUACAUGUGCUAUUUUGUCGUUGCAAUUAUUGAUAAUGACGGUAAUCCUGAACAGACUCAGUAUUUAUUGUGAGAUUCUUGUUGAGAACUGACCAACCUGUAGGUUGGUCUGCCCAUACCUGCUGGUUUCGUCUGUUAGUCGCUGUAUGACAUUUUAUGCAUAUCAGUAGUUCUAAAAUUACGAGAACUGUUUAAGAUAUAAACCGCUAUAAUCUUGUUUUGAGGAAAGUUUUUUAUCGGGCUUGUUGAAAUUUGCAUCAUUCCACGGUUUUAGCCAGCACAUUUAAAAUUCGUUUUUGAGAUUUGGUCUAUAAAUGAUGAUGCCUUAAUGCACUGUUGCUAUGCACUUUCAUAGUUUGGUUGAUAUGACUCAUAAUUUCUGUUUACAUACUAGUUUUAUUGAUGGAACCCAUCAACGUGUGGAACAAAACUUUUUUGAGUGAGUUUAUUGAACAAUACAAAACAUUUCCUGAACUCUGGCUUGUGAAAAGUAAGGAUUACAGUAACCGCGAUAAGAAGAAUGCUGCGCUCAACAACCUUCUCUCCAAGUUACACGAAAUUGAACCCGGUGCUACUGUAGCUGAUUUGAAACAAAAAUCAAUUCAUGCGAACUUCUUGGAGAAGGGAACACAAGAAAGUCUUGAACUCCGCAAGAUCUGGCGCAGGGGCCGAAGAC